ACUAGUGCAUCAGUGUUUCUGAGUACAGAAUACAACACAGACCAUUAUCAAAAUGAUGAAACUGGUGGUGUUGUCUUGCCUAUUGGCUGCUGCGUCGGCUGGUCUGAUCGCUCCACUCGCCUACUCUGCACCCCUGAUUGCGCCUUACAACUACCGUGGCCCGCUGUCACUGGCCCCUGGACAACCCGCUAACAUCCUGGCAUCUGACGGUAGGCCUCUUGACACCUUGGAAGUCAACCUCGACCGUUCUGCCCACCUCACGGCUAAGGCACUCGAUGGACUUCACAUUUUGAAGAAACGUUCUGCCCCUCUCCUGGCUGCACCUGUAACCCGAUUGGGCCUGGCUCCUUUGGCUUCUGCACCUUUGAUCGCCCCAGUUCCUUCUAUCUACAGCGCUCCCAUUGUCUCGCAUGUGUCGCCAAUCACCUACUCCGCGCCCAUCGUUUCAUGGUAAAUUCUGUACUUAGAAAAAUUGAUGAUAUUAUGUAAAUAUAUAUAUAAUGCAAAUAUAUGUUACAAAAAACUA